AGGGAAUUAUGGGUAAUUAGGUCGAGGAAGCAAAACAGAAAAAUACGGAAAAGAAAGAGAUCGCAAACAAACAAGGAUAAAUAGUGUAUCUCAGCUGUGUCUUGCUGUUUUUGAUUCACUUAGAACCAUCGUUGUUUACUUGAUCAAUACCGCCAGAGUGACAUCUGAGAAGAUCGCCGCUAAUAGUGUUCACCAGUUCACGGCAAGUUCAGAGUUUAUUUUGACAUUGACAUUCGUUGGAAAAUACCAACAAAUGGAGUACGAAGAAUUCGGGAGAGAAGAUAUGCCGUUUGAAACUCAUCAUCAAAGAGAUCAAGAAAGAAGUAGAAGAAAAACGAACGUACCGUGCUCCUUAAAUCUUUUUAGUAACAUUUCGUUUAGCUAUAAAUCUUUGCCGAACUAUUCCUCUAAGACGAUUUUGUGUUGUUGAAAAAUCCUUCAACCGUGCAAUUUGUGUGAUAUUUUGUGAUUGUAAACAACCGGACUUGCUUCUAAAAUACUUAAGUCGGCACUUUCAACAUGAAGCUGUUAGAAAAUUCACUAUUUGAACAGAUCAACUCUAACCUGUCGAUACAACUGGAAACUUCAAAGAUUGAAGGAAGACUUGAGAGCUAUUCCUGUAAGAUGGCAGGGAACGACAAGCGUUUAUACAAUAAAAUGCUGACAGCUGAGGGUGGUGUCAGCCCCAUGGACCUACAAGCUUUGUCUCCACCGCAGAGCACCCUAUCCCACAGCCCCAGCAAACAGUAUAGCAGGAGUCAGGGAAGUGAUGGCGAGGGUUACUUGUGUGAUACAAUAUCCACCAAAACACUCUUCUACCUAAUCUCCACACUCAACGCCUCGUUCAAUCCAGACUAUGACUUCAGCGACGCAAAGAGUGGGGAAUUUAGCAAGGAGCCAAGCAUACAGUGGGUACUUGGUACAAUAAAUACACAGAUGCAUGCAGCAGCUGGAGAUCGGUUUGACCCACUCACCCAAAAGAUGUGGUCAGCUGUGGAUGCUGAAAUUGGACUUCAGGAGUGUGACAUAUACAGUUACAACCCAGACCUCUCCUCAGAUCCUUAUGGAGAGGAGGGAUGCAUCUGGUCAUUUAAUUACUUCUUCUACAACAAGAAACUCAAGAGGAUUGUGUUCUUCACCUGUCGCUCCUCCAGUGUUUCUGCCCAGUCAGACUCUGGUAUUGGCAAUGACAGUUUGUUUGACAACUCAGAGAUGGACUUCGGGGAUCAAGAAUUUGAUGACCUGGAGUAAGGUUGGAGAUCAAACAUCUUCAGAGCCUGACAGGAGUUGAAUCCUCUCUUGAAACGUGUGUGUGAACCAACUGUAGAAUAUUCUAGAAGUGUACACUAACAUACCUACUGACAAACCUAAGUGUUGAUAACUAUUGUUUUAUGUUUCCUAAAUUUCAAUUAACAAGGGUCAUUCUAUGGCUGAAAUACAUUGACUAGGCCUAUAUGACAAUAUGUUUUAAGAAAUGUAGGCCAACAUGAUGGUCAACUCCACACAAUAUCUACAGUUUUGAUACCAUUUUCUUACCACUUUACUAAGGAAUCCUUGUUAUUGACCCCUUUUUGUGUUUCAUUUUGGGAAAAUAAUAUCACAUUGAACAAAAGGAAUGAAGACAAUAGAUAAUUUGUAUACAGAUCAGCAAACAAUAAAUAGAAAUCCGCUUUUGUAUAGUUUAAGGAUUUUGAUAUAUUUUUACGUGUGUGUAAUCAGUGUUAUAUAAGACAUGGAAUUGGUCAAGGAUAUACAUACAUUUUGAACAUAUAUACCAGCUAAUAACUUUUUAUUUUCCACAUUCCUUGUUGCCCGAGUUUUGUAUGAGAUCUGUUACACCCUAAACUCGCUGUCAUUGAAAUUUGUAAUUGUUCUUUUCUUUAAUAAUGUUCUUUCUAUACCUUCAUUCUCUAUCUGGCUUUCUGUCUUCUCUUCUCUCUAUCUCAUUCACAACUUAGCAUUCUGACAUUUAUGUACUACAUCAGUACUUGAUAGGAAUCAGAAAUAAAAAAAUAUUUGAUAUUAUAGGAAUAAUUAUAUGAUAAGUGACAUUAACAGACAUGAAAUAAUGCAGAAAAAGUUUAAAUUACUUUGAUUUCAAAAUUUGGAUUAUAAUUCGAUUCCAGUAGUGUAAAAUUGUGAAGUGUAGGAUUAAACAAAAUAAUGUUUGCAAUAAAUGUUUGGCCAGUGCAUUUUAACAGUUUAUUAGUGAAAUAAGAUAUUUAAGAUUACAUUGUAUUGGUAGCUAAUAUUCAUACGAUUAAAGGUGAUCUUCCUUUUUCACUUAAAAAAAGUAGUGGAUUCAUCAACAAAAUUUUUUACAUCUCCAUUACCAUUUUAGUGUUGUAUUUUUAAUCAAACACACAUCAAGCAUAUUCCUAAUAUCAACAUAUACAUAUGUACAGAAUUCUGUUUUGACAUCAAUUGUAUUUUUAUCGUCGUUAUUAGUUAAAUGUAGCAUGUUAGAUUAAUAUGUGUAUAUUUUUGUUUUGGUCUUGUUCAUAGGCUACUUUGCUUUUUUUUUUUUUUUUUUUUUAAGUAUUUCGUUGAUAUAAUUAUGUAGUCUUGUUCAUAAGCUACUUUUUCUUUUCUUUUUAAGUAUGUCGUUGAUGUAAUUAUUUUGACCUUGAUAUGAAUAUGUGUUGCAUAUAUUGUAAAGUGUUUUGAGAUUAAUAGUGAUACGCAGAUGUUUAUUGAUCUCAGAAUUUCCAUUUGCUUGUCAAGAUUUUUACAUGAUAAAUAUAGGAAAGUUCUCAAACAAUUUGAGAGGAUCUCAAGAGAAGUAUUAUGUAUGUAUAUAAAAGCAUAUUACCAAAUAAGGUAUGCUGUGAAGAUUGAACAUCUUGAGAGACAUUAUUUCUUAUAAAUGUAAAAAUAUAUUGGAAAUAUUCCUGUGAUUUUUCUCCCAAAAAAGUGCAGAAUUUGACAAUUUGCUAUUAUUCCACUGGAAGCUGCCUGUAUAUUAUGUACAGGAGUUUUCAUAGAGAAUACUGUGACAUUAAGAUAUAGAGGAGAAAGUGAUAUUCCCAGUCCUUGAUGACUUAUAGUGUUGUAAUAACACAGUAGGACUGAAUUCAAUACAGGAAGUGACGUACACCAAUUAAACUGGAUGUGAUUUAGUGUACCGCUCACUACGAACCAAUCCCAGAUGGGGGCAAGAAAUGGAGACGUUGGCCAUGGUUAAAGUAGUUUAUCUUGUAAAGAGUUGUGUUGGUACACUAUGUGAUAGAAAUGACACUGGAUUGCUAGCCUACAAGGUUGUAAGGAAAGAUUUGUUUAUGGAGAUGGAUUCAGAGGUCAUUGUUUGCAAUUAUUUUUUCAUUCUUUGUUUACAUAUUAAUGCACAUAAUACAGGUAGUAAUAAGGCUCGUUUCUCAACUCGUAAAUGUGUUCUGUCAUGUUAUUUUCAUUACGUCACUCACAAUAGAUAAACAUUGGGGGAUUAUCAUUACGUCACUCACAGUAGAUAAACAGUGGGGGAUUAUCGUUACGUCACUCACGGUAGAUAAACAGUGGGGGAUUAUCGUUACGUCACUCACGGUAGAUAAACAGUGGGGGAUUAUCAUUACGUGACUCACAGUAGAUAAACAGUGGGGGAUUAUCAUUACGUCACUCACAGUAGAUAAACAGUGGGGGAUUAUCGUUACGUCACUCACGGUAGAUAAACAGUGGGGGAUUAUCAUUACGUGACUCACAGUAGAUAAACAGUGGGGGAUUAUCGUUACGUCACUCACGGUAGAUAAACAGUGGGGGAUUAUCAUUACGUCACUCACGGUAGAUAAACAGUGGGGGAUUAUCAUUACGUCACUCACGGUAGAUAAACAGUGGGGGAUUAUCAUUACGUCACUCACGGUAGAUAAACAGUGGGGGAUUAUCAUUAAGUCACUCACGGUAGAUAAACAGUGGGGGAUUAUCGUUACGUCGCUCACAGUAGAUAAACAGUCGGGGAUUAUCGUUACGUCACUCACGGUAGAUAAACAGUCGGGGAUUAUCAUUACGUCACUCACGGUAGAUAAACAGUGGGGGAUUAUCAUUACGUCACUCACGGUAGAUAAACAGUGGGGGAUUAUCAUUACGUCACUCACAGUAGAUAAACAGUGGGGGAUUAUCAUUACGUCACUCACAGUAGAUAAACAGUGGGGGAUUAUCAUUACGUCACUCACGGUAGAUAAACAGUGGGGGAUUAUCAUUACGUCACUCACGGUAGAUAAACAGUGGGGGAUUAUCACUACGUCACUCACGGUAGAUAAACAGUGGGGGAUUAUCACUACGUCACUCACGGUAGAUAAACAGUGGGGGAUUAUCAUUACGUCACUCACGGUAGAUAAACAGUGGGGGAUUAUCAUUACGUCACUCACGGUAGAUAAACAGUGGGGGAUUAUCAUUACGUCACUCACAGUAGAUAAACAGUGGGGGAUUAUCAGUUACAGAAUACUAGUUAAACUUUUAUAUAAUUUAAUUGAUCUGUAUUUGAUCUAUUGAAAACCACACUUCAGUUUAAAUCAUAGUACUGGGUAACUUGAGUAGUUCCAUACAAUCAAUUUAUGAUAUUAAAUCCCUACAGGGGUGUAUUGUCCAAUGAAGACUUCAAUAGUAGGCGUAUCGAUCAUGUGACAUUAUAAACCAUUGUCGUCCAUCUGUAUAGUAUCACAAUUCCAUGUCGUCUCUUGUGUUAAUUAGAACAGUUAAGUUUUGUUAUAGUUAGUAACUUGUGGCAUGUUCUUAUUUCCGAAAACAUCAAUUUGUUUUUAUCUUGUCAUUUAACAGAGAUAGAAACAAAAAUAAAUUGUUUUAUUUUGUAUUUUUCAA